UUUACAUUUGUUUUAGACCGAAAGCAGCCAGCACAAUUCAUCCCAAUGAGAAUGUAAACACUUCCAACAGAUGGGAAAGUCUUAUUUAACAGAUCCAGUGUCGUGAAUGUUCGUGCAUUAGUCAAAGCGCGCUGCGCAUCACGGAGGUAAUCAGGAUUUCAGUAGGCUAUAAAUAAGGCCGUAGACGGGACAGCUCGGCCUGCCGCUGAUGUCGGAGAGCUAAGGUAUAGAGGUUAAAACCCUUCAAAGAGCUGCAAGCUGCACCAACAUGGACACACUCUGACCCGCCUCACGGUUGGGAUUCUACUCAAACCGGACCUACGGAGAUAUCCCGCACAUCUCACGCUUUAACGCAGAAAGUAUUUGGUUUAUGAACGCAGUGAAGAUCCACCGAGGAGAUUGAUGUUUUUUUUUAGACUUUUUAUUGGCACUCGGCCCGACCUAGACGGACUGCUGCUACAUUUACGGGACGGUGAAUGUGUCUUUAUCUUUUUAUGCUUUUUACUAAUACCCAGACUCCUGCAGCUCCAGCAGAGAAAGCGAUUUCCUCACGGGGUUGUUCUGGUUUCCGAGGAGGGAAAGGCGAAGUGUUUUUGGGGUUUGAUUUUCUCCUGUGGUGUCUGUGUGGAGCGUGCCACACACCCACUCCACAACAACGACGGCUUUUGCUUGCAUCUUCCAGUGUUUCUUCUGUCAGCAAGUUCAGCAGAGCUGCAACUCUUCCAGUGCCAGUCCUGACACCAGCGAGGAGCCCUGCCCCAUUGACAUGGUGAAGAUGACCAAGUCAAAGACCUUCCAGGCUUACUUGCCGAGCUGCCACCGCACCUACAGCUGCAUCCACUGCCGGGCACACCUGGCCAACCACGACGAGCUCAUCUCAAAGUCAUUUCAAGGCAGUCAAGGAAGAGCCUAUCUGUUUAAUUCAGUGGUGAAUGUCGGCUGCGGGCCAGCUGAGGAGCGGGUACUCCUCACAGGUUUACAUGCUGUGGCUGACAUCUACUGUGAAAACUGUAAAACCACCCUGGGCUGGAAAUAUGAACACGCGUUUGAGAGCAGUCAAAAGUACAAAGAGGGAAAGUUCAUCAUCGAGCUGGCUCACAUGAUCAAGGACAACGGAUGGGAGUGAUGCUCCUCUGUUCUUUUUCUGACCAUGGAAUGCUCUUUAUUGAACUGCGUGGAGCGACGACCAUCGACCACCCUGACCCCCCUCCCCACCCCUUAAAAGACCC